UUUUACGACUGACGUAGUUAUAACACGCAUUAAAUUAACCCAUACCCUAUGUUCACAUCUGUUUAUUGUUUUUAUUUCUUGAUAAUGGUGAAUGGUGAAUAAUCUUUUACUGAAAAAUCGUGCAAAAUUAUGUUCAAAUUCGGGUUUUCCUCCGACAAUGACGAAAACAGUGAAGAAAUUGCAAAGGAGCUACCCGAAAUGAUAUGGAAAGAAAGUAAUGAAAUAAUAAUUCACACUGACAGUAACCCUAUUAAAAACGGAUUAGGUCAAAUCAAUACCAAAAUUGUGGUAUCAAGUGGUUAUGAAGUCAAAUACCUAUGUUCAAAGGCAGUAAUUAAUACAUUGUUGAAAAAUGAACAGUCUCUGGAUGAUUCAGUUCUCAAAUCUGAAAAGAAUCAUUCGGAUUUAUUGCCUGCUGUCUAUGAAGGAGGUUUUAAAAUUUGGGAAUGUACUUAUGACUUGUUGAACUAUAUUGAUGAACAAAAAAUUAAUUUCAAAGAAGUGAAUGUGCUUGAUCUGGGAUGUGGUGCUGGUAUUAUUGGAAUAACAACAUUGUUAUGUGGUGCCAAAUGUUAUUUUCAGGAUUAUAACUCUGAUGUGAUACAGUACAUAACAAUCCCAAAUGUUUUAUUAAACUCUGUAAGUGGAAUGGAGAAAUGUAAAUUUUAUUCUGGUGACUGGAGGUCAUUUAGUGAUUUGGUUGAAAAAGCUCUGACAACACCAGAAGAUAAAUUUGAUUACAUCUUUACUUCUGAAACAAUAUACAACACAGAAUGCUACCCAAAAUUACAUAGAGUAUUUGAAAAACUGCUGAAAAAGAGUGGUUACAUGUAUCUUUUUCAAUAUAAUCAACAAAAUGAAAUAAAUUGUAUUUGGUUUCCUUUAUUGUUUAUGUUCCUUGACAUUUACUAUAGAUAUUUAGCUGCAAAGUCAUUUUAUUUUGGAGUAGGUGGUGGAAUAACUUUAUUCCAGGAUUUUCUGGAUGAACAGAAGGUAUUCAAAUACACUACAUGUUGGAAAUGUGAAGAAGGAGUAAGCAGGGAAAUUAUAAAAAUAGAAUUUAUCUAAUUUGGAAUUGGAAAGACUUUCAACCUAAAUAAAUCUUUUUUUAUGGGUUUAGUCUUUCAUAUAUCCAACCAUCAUCAGCCUGGUGUGUUAAUACUCCAUCAGGUUCAUUAGUCUUAGGUCUACGGAAUUUUAUUCUAUCAUGGAUUCUGUCUGUUUGUCCUUGCCAAAACUCGAUGGCAUUGGGCUUCAAUGAAUAACCUCCCCUACAAAUAAUUGCAAAUUGAUAUCAUCAAUUACAAAAGAUCAAUAAUAAAAUACUAUUGAAUUAAAUGUGGAAACAUCAUCAUAAAGUUUCAAACAUUCAAAAACUUUGCAUUUAUCUCUACAACUAUCUCUUUGAAAAUUAUGAAAGGAAAUUCCAUUUGUAGCCAUAUCUUUGUCAACAUUCUUCAACAAUAGCAUGGAAAUAUCAUUUUGUUUGGAGAAAAUUGAAAUUCACAAUUUUGUCAGGUUGAAAUAAUAUACCAUAAUGGUGGUCUUGGCACCUGUCCUUCUCCAUAUUGGCUCAUCAGUUCCACUCUUUUAUUUUCCAAAAUAUGCCUUCCCUCAACUGGUUUACUUUGAUCACUACAAACAGCUCCAAUUUGACUUUGGUAGGGUCUUUUGUUGAAAUACGCGUCAGCAUGCGAAAAAGGAAGUUUCUCUACAGUACCUUCAAUUCUCACCUAAUGAAAACACAGAAUUAUCAAUAAUGAAGGUCUUAUAUAUGAUGUUUUUCAUACAGAUCUGCUAUAGUGUUCCCAAUAGAAUGUCAAGGCUGCAUGUGGAUUUUCUUCCUUAAAUGAAUGGAAUUUUUAAUUCAUGUCCUUUUCUGCUGGUAUAAUGAGUGAAAAAAAUAAAGCCAUCUUUGCUGUAUCCUUUUAAUAAAAUAUUUCUUCCUGAAGGUAUUCCAUCUCUGUAAAAUUAACCAUACUUGAUGAAGUUAACUUUUGGAUACUGUGGUGUAUUAUUCAUUAAAUCUGAAGUGAGCAAUAUGUUCUUUGAAUCUUGUGUCUAUGCGUUGGCGUGAUUGCCCGAUAUAUUUCAUAUUGCGAUCAUUACAAUUUCUUUCAUAAAUAUGACCUAACUUAUCAUUAGUAUCAAUGACAUAAUUUUGUUUUGAAUAAAUAUAUGGGUGUUUGCAGUGUCCCGAAACUUUAUGCCGAAAAUUCAAUAUCACGACAGCAUUAAUUAUUUCUCUGUUGAAAUUCAAAUUUGAGACACCCUGUAUUGAUUUUCUGAAUUCUAUGAGGAUUAUUGCAUUACUUGGUAGCUGUUGAUAAACACAUAGCAUUUGGCUCAACUGUUCUUGGAUCAUUUUUGAUUAUUUUGAACCAUUUAUCAAACAAGGCCAGAGGCUCCUUGAAUUCCAGAUCUUUCUCAAGAAGAAUGGUGUGUGUGUCAUUAUAGUUUGUUCUCAUC